AUGUCGGCUAACGCUGGCUCCAACGCCGUGGACAUGGCCAUGUCCAACGAGCCCAACAAGGCUGCUAUGCCUUUGUACGAGAUCGACGAGAAGCGUGCUCUUUCGGACGAUCACACACCGUCGACUCUCAGCCACCAGCCUCAUGGCGCUGAUGUCUUCGAGGCCGACUUGGAAGGCGAAGAGCCUACGGAAGAUGAGUUGAAGACACUCCGCCGUGUAUCUGGAAAGAUUCCGUGGACUGCCUUCACCAUCGCCUUCGUCGAGCUUUGCGAGCGCUUUGGUUACUACGGAUGUCAGGUUUUGUACACCAACUUCAUUCAACAGGACCUGCCCGUGAUUGAUGGUGUUCCACAAACCACUGGCAAGGACCCUCGCUCAGAGGGUCAACCAGGCGCGUUGGGCAUGGGACAGCGUGCAUCCUUCGGUAUCGGUCAAUUCAACUCUUUCUGGGCAUACAGCACACCCAUUAUCGGUGCCAUUAUCGCCGACGAGUACCUUGGUCGCUUCAACACCAUCUUCAUCGCCAUCGCCUUCUCUAUCCUGGGUCACAUUCUGCUCAUCAUCUCCGCCAUUCCCGCUGUACUCACCAGCGGCAAUGCCAUCGGUCCUUUCAUCCUUGGUGUCAUCACCCUUGGGUUCGGUACCGGAGCUUUCAAGGCCAACAUCUCCCCCUUGAUCGCUGAACAAUACCGCCAAACCAAGCCCCGUGUCAUCAAGGACCCCAAGACUGGCGAGCGCGUCAUCUCUGACCCCAACAUCACGCUCUCUCGUAUCUUCUUGUACUUCUACAUGUUCAUCAACAUCGGCUCUCUGACUGGACAAAUCUCCAUGGUCUACGUUGAGAAGUACGUCGGCUUCUGGUGUGCGUGGCUGCUACCCACCAUCAUGUUCUGUUUCUGCCCCGUCGUCCUUUGGGUCUGCAGGAACAAGUACAUCCGCACUCCCCCCACUGGUUCCGUCCUCAUCCGCGCCUUCAAGGUCUUGAAGCUCGCCACCAAGGGCAAGUGGUCUCUCAACCCUGCGACUACGCGCAAGAACUUCAAGAGCGAGCGGUUCUGGGAGGACGUCAAGCCCAGCCACCUCGGUGCCAACAAGCCAUCCUGGAUGCAAUUUGACGACGCUUGGGUUGACCAGGUUGCUCGUGGCCUGCGCGCGUGCUCUUGCUUCACCUGGAUUCCUCUUUACUGGUUGAGCUACAACCAGAUGAACAACAACCUCACGUCGCAGGCCGCCACCAUGACCCGUAACGGUGUUCCCAACGAUGUCAUCACCAACCUCAACCCCAUCUCCCUGGUCAUCUUCAUUCCCAUCGUUGACAACUUCCUCUACCCCGCUCUCCGCAAGGCAAACAUCCGCUUCACUCCCAUCAAGCGCAUUGCUUUCGGUUUCAUCCUCGCAUCUUUCGCCAUGGUCUCUGCUGCCGUUAUCCAGCACUACAUCUACGCCGAGGGCCCUUGCGGCGAAUACAUGAACAGCUGCGACGAUCCAGCCCCGAUCAACGUCUGGACCCAAGCCGUGCCCUACAUGCUUGUCGGUUUCUCUGAGAUCUUCACGUCGAUUACUGGACUCGAGUUUGCGUUCACAAAGGCACCCAAGAACAUGCGUUCGCUGGUUACUUCGUACUGGCAUUUUAUGUCUGCCUUUUCCAACGCGCUUGGUCAGGCGUUUGUGUCGCUGUCCGAAGAUCCGUUGUUGGUCUGGAACUACACGACUGUUGCUAUCCUGGCGUUCAUCGGUGGCAUCCUCUUCUGGUUCCAUCAGCGCAAGACGGACAAGCAGGAGGAUAUUCUUAACAUGCUUCCGGACUCCAACUACAUGGGCAAGGACCGAAGGCAUAGUGUUGCUGGUGCUGAGGAGGCUAUCGCUGGCCACAACGUUGAGGCGCAUGUUCGUACCCAGGGUUAA